AUCUUUUUGGGGAUUUCUUCACUCCGGCAUAUGCGCACAAGUGAUAACCGCACAACUGGUUGCAAGGACUCGUCAAAAAUCUUGCAGCCUUGUGGUCUCGAGGAACAACCACCUUUUUUUAUCGAUUGUUUGACCGCUGUCCGCGAGUUUUGUACUCCAGAAAGCAAACAAGCAAACAGGAGCGCGUUGCCCUUUGUUGGUCCGUGCCAACACCUGCUACAUACCCUCUCCCAGAGAGGCGCCUGUCACCACUUCUUUUACUCAAGCUCACCCAGACGACCAGAAUACUUUUGAGUUUCUGACCAGCUUUGUUGGAGGGCAAGAGUUUUGAAUCUGACGGCGCUUCGGGGAUACUUGACCAUUACAUACAAUGCCGCCGCCGCUAUCGCAGAGGUCCGAUGAGAACUCCUCCGAAGAUGAGGUCUCGGAUUCGGGGUCCCUUGAGGCCGUUCCAGAAUCUGACUCUCUCCAGAAGCUACGGGAAAGUGCAAUGGAUGUCCUAGCCUCACGCCUGACUUCUCAGCAUACUGGAACGACUGGGAAUCAUGUCACAGGCAAGCUCAUCAACAACGUCAAAAGAGCGCCGGCGGAUGACUUUGCAAAUGAUCACGUCGCAAAGUAUCCCAAGCUUGAUCAAGAAGAUGAAGAAACGUCGGAUGAAGAAGAGGAAUAUUCUAGCUCUGAGGAGGAUGAAGAGGACGAGGAUGACGACGAAGAGGGCCAAGGAAGUGGUUCUUACCCUUACCAUUCCGCGCCAGGGCGAUUUAUUGUGUCAGAAGACGUCUCCCCUUGGAUACCUCGUUGUCCCUCAGCAGAUAAACUCCCUUUGCAUCCAGAUCUUGUGGGCAUGACGUCUGUCGACUUAUUUCAGCACGCUCUACCAAAUUUUCAGUUGCCCCGUCACCUUGCCCCGAUCGCUCGACAUCUAGCUGAGCGUCCUAUAAAACGAAUGCCAAUUCUUGGAAAACCUUUUGUGGACAAUAAACCCGACAAUUUCAGCGCCUACUUCCUUCAAGCGACAGGCCAUCUGCUGCCAGACGAGCAGGCUUGCGCACGCUGCAGAGGGGUCAAAAUCAAAAAGCGUUAUGUGGGCGGGACCUUUGUUGGUUGUGUGGCAUUUGCAGACUCAGAAGACGCUAAACUAACGGGUGGUGCUUGUGCCAACUGCUGGUAUGGGCGUCAGGGUUCCUUGUGCAGUUUCCGCAACCCAGCCGACAAGCGUAAGGAACGGUUAGGUGCGGCGCGAUAUAAUCCCUUGCUCAUCUCCCCACCACCACCACCACCACCACCACCGCCGCCAAAAGGACAGCCGAUGGAGCAUGGGCAGCAGCUUGAGAAUACUGGUCAAGUGCAUCCGGCAUUCCUGGCGUCCGUCUCAUCCGCUUCUCCGGCGUACACACCAUUUUUGGACUACCCCCACAUGGAGGCCCAAAUUGUCCAGCAGAACAACGGCGAACCUCCGAUCCUACCACGCCCAGAUGGAAGUUCUAGUGUGAACAAAGUCACGGCCUGGGAGACGCGAUAUAGAAGGAUGUCGACAGAUAAACUCAGGGCUACUCAUGGGAACUUGGUCGAGUGGCAGGAAGACUUGAACACGCGAUUGCUCGCCAUGAACAAGGUCUUGCUAGACAGGUUGGAGAAGAGAGAGAAUAGUAGUCAUACAAAUUAGUGUAUGUAUCCCGCCCUCGAACCAAAACAAGCUCGUUCUUAGUUAAUUGUGGUGCUCGAUACACAACUGGAAAGAGCAAGGUCUGGACAAACUGUCAAAGGCC